UCAGUGUGGACGGCUCUCUCACAACAGGUACUAGGAUGAAGGACCCUCAGCUACAAGGAACUAAAUUCCACAAGGUCUGGCCAAAAAGGCAUGCGGAUAAGAAAAUGAAGAAUGAAAUGGCGGUCAAAACCACCAAACCUCUAUUGCCAGCAUCCAAAGUACCAGCUUUAACAGCAGAGCAACGAAUGAAGCAGACACCAUUUGAGAGGGUCGUCUAUGACAUGUCCCACAAUGAACGAGUUGUCAGUGACAUCAUUCUAGGCAAACGGAUAGCCUUCUACGAACUCCGAGGGGAAAUAGGCACUGGCAAUUUCUCACAAGUCAAACUUGGAGUUCAUGCCUUAACUAAAGAGCGUGUUGCAGUCAAAAUUCUUAAUAAAAUGCGCCUGGACAAAAAAUCACAGACUUUAUUUGCUUCUGAAAUCUCUUGCAUGGAAGGACUGCUGCAUCCAAAUAUUGUACGUCUUUAUGAAGUGGUAGAAACAGGUAAACACUUGUACCUGGCUAUGGAGUACGGCAGUGGAGGAGACCUCUUCUCACGGAUCAGCACCAGGGGGCGCCUGCCAGACCUGGAGAGCAAGCUUGUCUUUGCCCAGAUCAUCUCUGCAGUCAAAUACAUGCAUGACAGCAACAUUGUCCAUCGUGACCUGAAGGCCGAAAACAUCUUCUACACCACUAGCUACUGCAUCAAAGUGGGCGACUUUGGUUUUAGCACAGUCAGUGGGCCGGGCGACAUCCUGACCACUUUCUGUGGUUCUCCCCCUUACGCAGCACCUGAGCUUUUCAAAGAGAAGAGCUACAUGGGCCGCUAUGUGGACAUCUGGGCUCUGGGAGUUCUGCUCUACUUCAUGGUGACCUCUGUCAUGCCAUUUCAUGCGGACAACCUGAGCCGGCUGAAGCGCUGCAUCCUGCAGGGGUCGUAUGCCAUCCCCGAGUACGUGCCUGAGCCAUGUCAGCAGACCAUUAAAGGCAUGCUGAGGCCUGUGCCUCCUGACCGCAGUAGCAUCGCCCAGCUAAUGACCAGCUCCUGGCUGAGUGGCAUCGACUACCCCAAGCCUUAUCCGAUGAUCAGCCUGACACCCGACCACUUGGUGGAACCCUCCCACAAUCUGUGUGUAGAGGAACAAGAGGUGACAAAAGCACUUAAGGACUUGGGCAUAAGCAGCUCACACCUGCAGAACAACACUCGCACAGACUUGCGGAGCCCCAUUACAGGAACGUAUCGCAUCCUACUACACAGCAUUCAGAAGCAGAGGUCAGUGGAGGCGGUGGGGUAUUCUGCACUGUAUCCAGAGGACUUCAGAGAUAGCAAGCACUGGGACAGCAAGCACGACCCAUCUGCUGUCUGCACUGUGCUGUAGUGACAGGCUUCUGGGAUACACUAUGGUUAAGUGGAGUGUGUUUGGGCUGUCCUUGUAAACUCAUAAAUUUCAGGUUACCACAGGAUUGUGCUGAGAAAGUCAUAAAUAUACAUGUGGUGAAAUGGGGCAAGUUCUACUUUACCUACAUGUUGAGGCAUAUCACCACCCAGUACAUUCACUGACAGCAUGUAAUCACAAUUUCUGGACUGUUUCUGAUCAUCUGGUGGCCCUAAGCAACAUUCUACUGCUACUAGGACAGUUUAAAACUGUGUUUAAACACUAAAAAGCAUUACUUUGCAGGAGUUCUUAGUGACUCGCAACUGCCCUAAGCAAUUACGCUUGUAGCAAGAAGCAGCCCUGUGAAAAUGUGAACCACAUCUGAACCUAAGACUGGGGUUCAAGUCCCUGACCAGGCAAGCACACCAUCCUGUAAGAGUCCUGACCUGUUCACUUCUAAGUACAAAAAGUGCAUUUGUGAAAGCUCCAAAAGCAUUUGUCACAAAAAGCAACACAUUCUCAUGUAUCCGCAACUUCAGCCUAAAGCAGUCAAGCUCGCUCAUUCAUAUUGAAGUUAUAAGGAAAGCUUUAGCACAAUACAGUCUAGCCAAUCAGAGCAGAGACAAUUUACAUAUUGUCGCUGUCCAAUGAAAAACAAGUAUCUCCAAAUUGGU